AAACUGGCUGUACUUCGGAAGAUUUAAAAGCAUUUCUAAGGAGUUUAUUCUUUCGGGUGGUAGCCCUUCAUGUGUUAAUAAGGUCUGGGUAAUGGACACACCCUUGACUGUUAGCUCAUAGUCUAAGUGUUUAGGAGGUAGCACAAAACAACAGUGUGUUUGGAAAUUAAUGGCAACAAAUAUGCAUAAUCACUGAAGUUGCAGAUUUAGGGGCUUGUCUGGUUCUGUAAUCUUGGAAUAGUGUGUGAUUCUUUUCUGGAGGGACAACUGCUUCUCAGGCUGGCUCUAGAUAGAAAGUCAACGUAGUACAGACAGGUACUGUGACGGCUGGGGAGGAUGGCCAAAAAAUGGAGUAACUGAGUGGAAAUAAUGUCUUAGAAAACUUUUAAUGUGCCGAUACUGUGAAUUUUGUGAAUUCAGCGAAAUCUUUUAAUCAGAUCAGCAGCAUUGCUUCAUUAAAAUGCUCUUGUCAAUAGAGCUUUGUGUUGAAGGGUUGUUUUAGCGCUCUAGUAGUAAUAAGACAUAAUGUUCCUGUUUCAGAAGCUUUUAAAGAAGUUUUCUUGCAUUCUAAUCCCAUGUACUGAGAAAAAGGGAGGAGGAGAAGGGCUGGAGCCAGGACACUUACCCAUUCAUGUGAAUAAUGUGCGGAGCAGAUUGAGGGAUAUAGUGGGAGCAUCUACCAACUGGAGGGAUCAUGUGCAAGCAAUGCAAGAAAGAAAAGCUCUUCAUACUUUACUGGCAAAACGGCAGGAAGAUCUCCCUCCUAGGAGAAUGAAGGAUAGCUACUUGGAAGUUAUUCUGCCUCUAGGAAGUCAACCUGAAAUAAGGGAGAAGUACCUGAAUGUACACAACAGUGUAAGGUUUGGAAGGAUACUUGAAGAUCUUGACAGUUUAGGAGUUCUUAUUUGCUACACUCACACCAAGCAGGAAAUGCAGCCAAGGUCUCCCUUAUCAAUAGUUACAGCUCUGGUGGAUAAAAUCAAUUUGUGCAAGAAGAUUAUAUAUCCGGACUGUGACAUAAAAUUCACAGGCAAUGUCUCUUGGGUUGGUAGGACCUCAAUGGAAGUGAAGAUGCACAUGCUGCAGCUACAUGAUGGUGAUUACAGCCCUGUGUUAGAUGCAACCUUUGUCAUGGUGGCCCGGGAUCCAGAGAAUAAACGGCCAGCAUUUGUUAAUCCACUGGUUCCUGAGACCCCUGAGGAAGAAGAAAUCAUCAAGCAAGGGGAAUUGAACAAGCUGAAGAGGAUUGAUUUCAGCACUGCUUCCUUACUGAAAAUGGCUCCCACUGCAGAAGAAAGAAACAUUGUUCAUGACAUAUUCCUUAAUACAUUGGACACAAGGACAGUAAGUUUCCGGAGUCGUAAAUUACCACCCAAUUCAGUGUGGAUGGAAGAUGCAAAGCUAAAAGGCCUACAGAUUUGCCAUCCUCAGGAACGGAACAUCUUCAAUAGGAUCUUUGGGGGUUUUCUCAUGAGAAAGGCGUUUGAACUGGGAUGGGCAACUGCUUGCAGCUAUGGGUGUUCCAGGCCUUUUAUUGUAUCAGUUGAUGAUAUCAUGUUUCAGAGGCCAGUUGAGGUUGGAUCCUUAUUAUUGCUUUCUGGACAGGUCUGUUACACAGAAAAAAACUACAUCCAGGUUCGAGUACACAGUGAGGUUUAUGAUGCAGAUACCAGGGAGCACCAGACAACCAAUAUCUUCCAUUUUACAUUUAUAUCAGAAAAUGAGGUUCCACGAGUUGUCCCCAAAACUUAUGGAGAGUCCAUGUUGUAUUUAGAUGGGAAGCGACACUUCGCUGCGAUCAUGAAAGAAAUCUGACACGCGCUGAAUGCUGCAUCAGCAGUGUAGCAGCAUGCUGUCUUGGAAAGAGUUGUCACCAGAGAUGGCUGACAGACAGGUGCUUGCAAUACUAAAAGAAAAAGCCCACCCCAAACCAAA